AUGGAUUCUCUAUCCACUGGAUCUCUAAGCGGCGCACAGAAGGAAGAUUUAAUGGACCAAGUCAAACAGCAGAUAGCAAUAGCAAACGCUCAGGAGUUACUGACAAAGAUGUCCGAAAAAUGUUUUAAAAAGUGUAUCAACAAACCUGGCACUUCAUUGGAUAACUCCGAACAGAAGUGCAUAGCAAUGUGCAUGGACAGGUAUAUGGAUGCCUGGAAUCUAGUUUCUAGGACUUACAGCAGUCGCAUUCAACGGGAAAGAAACAACAUGUGA